AUGCCAGCAAGAAAUGUUUUUGGAGCAAAGAAAGGAAGUCCUGCUCAUGGACUGGCUUGGGAAGUGAUAGUCGAUCAUCUGAAUGAAAUCCACUCUCCAAAAUUCCAACUGAAGGUUAAAAAAGCUGUACGAGAGCAGUGGAACCUUCUCCAAAAAAAAGUUUGCGAGGAAGAGAAGGCAAAUGGGAUUUCUGUGGAAGAGUUAAUGGAAAAGGAAUCACUGAUCGAGGAGUUAGUCGAGAGAGAUGAUGUCAUACAAGCAAAGGCUGAAUCAGCAUUGAAACAGCAACUCAAGGACAACGAGACUGCGGAAGAUAUCCGGAAAAAAGCGAUGGAGAGCCUUAAAGAGACCAAG